AUGGCGCCCACCGCACCUCAGCUGCCAACCAAAUUCCCCUGCUGGUGUCGCGCCGUCUACUCGUGGGGAGGAGAAACAAAGAAGGACCUGGGCUUUGUGGAGGGGGAUUUAAUCGAGUGUCUGAAUGCUGGUGAUGGACAAUGGUGGACAGGUCGCCUACGCCGCGAUCGGCGUAUGGUUGGACUCUUCCCAUCCAACUUCGUCGAGGUUCUCGGGGAAGAGUUCGUACCUGUGAACCGGACGACGAGUCCGAUGGUAAAACCAGCCUCGUCUCCCAUCACAAACCCGAUCUCCGGCCCCAAAAAGCAGAAGACCGUCUUUAGAAAGCCCUUCCAGGCCCACAAAGAAGCUAUGGCUCCUGGGCUGGCUCGGAGCUCUACUGCCGUAUCAAGCUCGAUACCCAGAACUCCUCCUCGAGAUGGCACUAUCCCUAGAAGUGUGAAGCCUUUACGCACCAACACAGCUCCGUCGACAGCUAAGCCGCAGACGUUUAAUUCUAGGCCUCGUCCGUCACGUUUAUCAAGAGCCCGGUCCCCGUCACCUUCGCGUGCAGUGUCCCCAAUUCCGCCGGAACAUACUGCACCGCCGCCUACUGUAGUACCGGCGCAGUCCAUCUCAUUUCCCAGGCCUGCGUCCCGCAAUAAUCUUCCCCUGGAACUUGAACAGCGCGAACCCGUGGAGCGCGAAGAAUCCCCCCGCCUCCCCCGCCUCCCCCUCAUAGAGUGGCUGUCAAUCGGCAGCCUUCGCCUAUGCAGAUGCGACGUGCACCUAGUCCCUUGA